AUGCCGACAAUUUUUCCUGGCGAGUACAAGCAGCAAUCCGUCUCUCUGAGGAUACCGUGCUUCAUCAUCCUCUGUGGCCUCUGUGUGCUUUCGUUGGUGGUGAAUCCGCCGAAGUCCUUCCACUGGAGGCGCCUGCUCGAAUUCCUUUACGCGAAUAUCGGGGGGAGCGGCGCAAAGUGCUCGAGCGAUUUGUUUACGGGCUUCGAGCUCCACGAUGGAGAGUUCAUGCAGGCAAUUGGGAACCUUCCUGUAUCAUUGCCGAUUUAUCGGCGGAUUGUGAUCAACGAUCAAGGUCGACUGGUCUUUUGGCCAAUCUCGGCAGACAUCGAGAACCUGCAGACCAAAGUUAGUUACGAUCUUGAGGUGGGGCGCUUGUUUGCAGAUCUUGGAGAUUGGAUCAUUGAUUUCUGUAAGAUCAGUGACGGAGGGUUGGCGGUAGUGUCGAUGUCUGGGACAGCAGCUUCCAUGGUAGGUACUUUGAGCGUCCUAGACAAAGCCGCAGUUGCAGACAACGGAGCUCCGUCAAGAAGUAUGCCCAUUCCCUUCAGUCUUUUCGAUGGGUUUGACUAUGUUGGAGGUGUCGUGGAGUUGCGCAGCCAGAUUAUUGUGCAAGGGGUAGACAAAAUCGCGUUCUGGCAUGCUGACGCUGCGCAUGACGAGCUACCCUGUGCAGUGUGGUCCAAUUCCCAGCCGAGUAUCCUUCGUCAGAUGACAUGCCGCGAUGGGAGUUUGGCUAUUCUGAUGUGUGACUGGAAGGACCAAAAUAGGUGUGACGUUGUGAUACUUCACCUGACCACCUGCGGGGUGGCUUCCAGCCAACGUUUUCACGUCAAUGGCACCUAUCCACGCUUAGCGGCCAUGCCUGAUAAUCGUUUAGCAUUGGCAUAUGAAAGACACUACGAGACACAGCACGAAACAAUCCUGUCAAUAUUCGACAUGUCCUCCUUGACGGAAAUAUCCCAGGUGGGGACAAAGUUGAAGACAUAUCCAGGAAGAUUUUCAUGCAUUUGUCAGUACACUCGCUGCACACCCGUUGGGUUAUGGUCCAUUGGCAGCAACGGAUUGGUGCUUUAUGCCGGUGGCGGAGUGGACCUUGCGCUGUAUUUUUUUGACACAGCUCAGCUCUCCAAGAACUGGGUGCGAAGAAUCCCUGUCGGCGCGGAUGUCCGCCCCAUGGUGGCGGAUUUGCAGGAUGGUCUCUUGGCACUGGCAGGCAUGGGAAGGAAUGGUGAAAUGCACCUCGCAACGCAUGCAGGUGAAAGAAUCGGUCGGAGUUUAGUAUGCGGUCAAGAUUCGACAAAUGCUUUCGAGACUGCCGCAUCCUGGGGUCAGCACGGAGUGGUGGUCAUGGGCUACAAGAAGUUGUUCAUGUUUAACUAUUCCAAAGUCCUGACCUCGUCAACCUGGAUGGAAUACAACGGCACGUUGAAAGGCUUGGGGAGCUGCAUGGAUUGCUUAACUGUCGCGGCAGCUGCCGAUGGUAUCGCAGUGUCAUUUCGCGAUCAGGGUGCAUACUUCUUCAACGAUUCGGCACUUCGUGGCAGCUGGGAAGCUUCAGCUGUUUUUGAACCAGCUGGACCUAUGAUAACACUAAGCCGCUUCGUGUUGGUCGGGUCGUCAUCUGACAACCUCCACAUUCAUGUCUGGACCAUGGCUGGCGAGCGGUUUGGACACACAGUUGGUGAAGGGGAUGCGGUGCAAUGGCCGCUUGUGCUGAAACCGUCCUGCACCAUAGACAUGGCGCAUGUUGCCCUCGCAGCCACCGGUGAUGGUGGCCUAGUGGUGCAGACGAAUCCGUUUGGCUACCAGCUGUUGGAUUCCUUUGCCAUGGGCUGUGAACGGCCUGGAGUUGUGCUGCACUGCUCGCUGUGCACAGAGCUGAAGGCGGCUGCCCCAUGCUGUGACGGAGGUCUUGCCGUAGGAAGUGACUCUGCUCUGAGUCUUUUCGACUCCAGAGCCGUGUUGCAAGGUGGCUGGGCAUUCCACGAGAUUGGAAUACCAGGCAUGCUUCAGACCGUGGUCCCUUUUCGGGCUGGAGGCUUAGUUCUGGGUACCACUUUUCCCAACUCAAUCCUGGUCUAUCAGCCUGGGGAUCUCGAGAUUGGACGCGCCUCUGCUCAGUUCGACCCCAUGCGAGAACCACACAGUGUGGCCAUCUGGGCGAAGGACCAGACUCAGACUCUCCCAGAUUUGUUGUUAGCCGAAUCCAUCGUCUUUCGUCCACAGAAGUGCCCGGACCAGACCUAUGGACAGAGAGGGAGCUGCAAGCCGUGCCCCGAUGGCUUGUUGUCGUUGCAGGGUUCGCAAUCGUGCAGUUUCAGAUCCAGAGAGUACUGGGUAUGGUUGCUACUGACAAGUGCUGGUUGUUGCGCAGCAUCCUUAGUCGUCGGGCACCAGCUUGGGCGAAGGGUGUUUGCGUCCAUCAACGGCCCUGAGUCAAUGAAGUGGGGGCUUGGACUCUUGAGUGUGGCUGCCGCUUCUCAGGUUGGCUCCGUGCUCUGCCAGGUGCAUCAUACCAGAGGGCCCCUGUUGUGGGCCGCCACCGUCUCUACUGUCUUGCUGCUUCUGUUCUCAAUAGAUUGGUGGGCUUACCAGCGGUAUCAAAGUGGCCGAAAGGUCUCUGAGCUUUCUGCGCUGUCAGGAGUUCUGUUCUUGCAGAUAGCACUUGCUGUCAUGACAAGUUUCAUGCUACUCACAGAAGAAAGCAGGAUGCAACCUGAGCAUCCAGUGCUGACGGUCUUUGGGCGUAGCAGGCUUGAGAAGAAAUGGCUUUGCCUCACCUUGCUUUCCAGCCACCUGGCAACGUUAGUCUGUGCGACUGCUUGCUUGUCAGCCAGGGCUGAGCCAGACGUCUGCAACCGUUUGAGUGGUGUGUUGUUCCUAGAGGAACACAUUCCGCACACUUGUGGAGGAAGUUGCCAGGGUCGAUGCUCACGCUGCUGCUCGUGUUGGAGCCUCUUUCUCGAGACUGGGAGAGUCUUUGUCGAGUUUCUUAAGAGUUGGACUGGGCGGCACGUGGUGAUGCUUACAAACGCUUUGGUGUCGACAGUGGCGUGUAUAGUCCAGGUUUGCCAAUCUGUGCCGAGCCCACGUGAUGGCCCACUGCUGCUGGUCGCAUGUUUUGGGUGUCUCUCGAUCGUGAACGGCCUAAUGGCAGUUGCUUCUGAGCGGCGACGAUGGCCGGCGCUGUAUGACAGACACUUCCGGUGGGGCACUUUAUGGAAGGCCGCCCUCUUUGUGGGCAAGGUAGUCUUGCUCGCCGCACCCAUGCCGAGCUCGCUGGUCGACAUGGACUUUUUGGGCAGCUGUGGACCUUUCUGUUCCGAUGGGUGCGAGAAGAGCGGUGGGUACUGCGUGCAAGUGAAAUUUCAAUGCAGAUGUGUAAAGGCAGAAAUCAACGUAGUUAUCUAUGUGCUCACAUCAGUCACGGGUGUUCUUCUGUGUACGCUUACGGUGUUAGACAUCGCGGCCUUCAGUGCCGCACGAGUGACCGCAUUCAGUGUCUCGAGGCUACUUUGUCUCCGAGGCUCCAUCUCAUUGCUCGGAGCAGCCGGAGUCAAUCUGGUGAGUUGCAUCUUCUUGAUUCUGCAAUCGUACGCCCCAGUUCGCUGUUACAGGCUGGACUUGGUAUCAGCAUUAUCUUCAGUACUGCCAGUGAUACCCUUAACUCUCGUCGCCAAUGAAGCGAGGUGGAUCAUAGCUACGUGGAAGGGUGAUAGCCCUGCAAUGAUUUGGUCGCCAUGUGGCUUACGAAUCCUCGCUGCCUUGACCGUUUUGGCGACACUGGUGACUGUGCUGCUGGCAAACAAGCAAGGAGCCAGUCCUUGCAACAUGUUGCGCUUUUUCAUUCUUGGAUUAGCAUGCUGCGCUUCUUGCUGUUCGCUUGCAAGCAGCAUGCUGCGCCCGUGCACGAACCGGCAGAGAGCCGCAUUGUCCUAG